CCGCUUGGCAAAUGGCUUUCGUUUGGGAUCCUUUGGGAGCCACAGUGCCAGCACCAUCGGCGAGAUCCAAAACGAGGUUGCGUUUUGCAAAGUCCUACAGUUUUGAUGUGGACAAUGGCACAUCUGCGGGACGGAGUCCCUUGGAUCCCAUGACCAGCCCGGGAUCUGGGCUAAUUCUCCAAGCAAACUUUGUCCACAGUCAGCGUCGGGAGUCCUUCCUGUAUCGGUCCGACAGUGAUUAUGAUCUCUCUCCCAAGUCCAUGUCGAGGAACUCCUCCAUUGCCAGUGACAUACACGGAGAUGACUUGAUCGUGACUCCUUUUGCUCAGGUCUUGGCCAGCCUGCGGACUGUACGAAACAACUUUGCUGCAUUAACUAAUUUGCAAGAUCGAGCACCCAGCAAAAGAUCACCCAUGUGCAACCAACCAUCUAUCAACAAAGCCACCAUAACAGAGGAGGCCUACCAAAAACUGGCCAGCGAGACCCUGGAGGAGCUGGACUGGUGUCUGGACCAGCUAGAGACCCUGCAGACCAGGAACUCCGUCAGUGAAAUGGCAUCCAACAAGUUCAAAAGGAUGCUUAAUCGGGAGCUCACCCAUCUCUCUGAAAUGAGUCGAUCUGGAAAUCAAGUCUCCGAGUACAUAUCAAACACAUUCUUAGAUAAACAACAUGAGGUGGAAAUUCCUUCUCCAACUCAAAAGGAAAAAGAGAAAAAGAAAAGGCCGAUGUCUCAGAUCAGUGGAGUCAAGAAGUUGAUGCACAGCUCCAGUUUGACUAACUCCAGUAUCCCAAGGUUUGGAGUGAAAACCGAACAAGAAGACGUCCUGGCCAAGGAACUAGAGGAUGUGAACAAAUGGGGUCUUCAUGUUUUCCGAGUAGCAGAGCUGUCUGGGAACCGGCCUCUGACUGUUAUCAUGCACACCAUUUUUCAGGAGCGGGAUUUGUUGAAAACAUUUAAGAUUCCAGUAGAUACUUUAAUUACCUACCUUAUGACUCUCGAAGACCAUUACCACGCUGAUGUGGCCUAUCACAACAACAUCCAUGCUGCCGACGUCGUUCAGUCUACUCAUGUGCUACUGUCAACACCUGCUUUGGAGGCUGUGUUUACGGAUUUGGAGAUUCUUGCAGCAAUUUUUGCCAGUGCAAUACAUGAUGUAGACCAUCCUGGGGUCUCAAAUCAGUUUCUGAUCAAUACAAACUCUGAACUUGCCUUGAUGUACAACGAUUCCUCUGUCUUGGAGAACCAUCAUUUGGCUGUGGGUUUUAAGUUGCUCCAGGAAGAAAACUGUGAUAUUUUCCAGAAUUUGACCAAAAAGCAAAGACAAUCAUUAAGGAAGAUGGUCAUUGACAUCGUCCUUGCGACAGACAUGUCAAAACACAUGAAUCUCCUGGCUGACUUGAAGACCAUGGUUGAAACUAAGAAAGUGACAAGCUCAGGGGUUCUUCUUCUUGAUAACUAUUCUGAUCGGAUUCAGGUCCUUCAGAAUAUGGUGCAUUGUGCCGAUCUGAGCAACCCCACCAAGCCUCUCCAGCUGUACCGCCAAUGGACGGACCGGAUCAUGGAGGAAUUCUUCCGCCAAGGAGACCGGGAGAGGGAGCGUGGCAUGGAGAUCAGCCCCAUGUGUGACAAGCACAAUGCAUCUGUGGAAAAGACACAGGUGGGCUUUAUAGACUAUAUUGUCCACCCGCUCUGGGAAACAUGGGCAGACCUCGUCCAUCCCGACGCCCAGGACAUUUUGGACACUUUGGAGGACAAUCGCGAGUGGUACCAGAGCACAAUCCCACAGAGCCCCUCCCCCGCCCCUGACGACCCGGAGGACGGGCGCCAGGGUCAGACAGAGAAGUUCCAGUUUGAACUCACGCUGGAAGAAGAUGGCGAGUCAGACACAGAAAAGGACAGUGGGAGCCAAGUGGAGGAAGACACGAGCUGCAGUGACUCCAAGACUCUGUGUACCCAGGACUCGGAGUCCACCGAGAUCACCCUGGACGAGCAGGUGGAAGAAGAGGCCGUGGGGGAGGAGACGGAAAGCCAGGCCGAAGCCUGUGUCGACGAGCAUUCCCCCGACACGUAACAGGGCAAACCUUCCCACGCUCCUUUCUUCUCCUUUCUUUUUAAAAUUUUCCUCUUCUUUCUUCCUUAUUUUUUUUUAAGUAGAAAAAUUGUUUCCAAAGUGCAUGUCACAUGCCACCGCCAUGGCCACCCCUCACUGUCAUCUGCCAGGACGUGUGUUGAACAAACUGACCUUGACUAACUACUCAGUCUGGCGCUCAGGAAUAUUGUAACCUCCAUGUCAGAGCGGGGGGUGGAGGGGAGGGGACACCCCUUUCACAGACAGCAUCUUCACAAGCGUUCAGCUCGAGGGAGCUGGCCAAGCAGAUACAACCAAUGCCAACGCAGUCUGAAAGGGAGUGUGCCUCCAGCGCCUUGCGGGUUCUUUCCUUUUCGUUGGUUUCUGCCGCUUUCAGAAGCAAGGCGUUGUCUCCCCAGACGGCGGGACCUGGUGGGUGGCGCAGCUGAUGCGGCAGGAGGAAGACGCAGCGUGAGUGUUACCAGGGGGAAGAUGAGCCGCAGAAAUUGCUUACUUUUCUAAUUUCAAGUCUUCCUGCUACAUGACUGACGAGGGCGGGCCCGUGAGCUGCACCGACCUCGGCAUUUUGUAUGAUAUGUAAAACAAGAUUUUUUGUAGAGCUUACUUUUAUGAUUAAAUGUAUCGAGGUAUUAUAUUUAAAAAACGAAAAAACAAAACUAUGUUCAGAACUCCAUCUGCCACUGGUUGUUUUUUUUUUUUAAUAAUGUUGUUGCUUUUUUCCUCCUAAGGAGUAACUUGCAAGUUUUUAGUAUAAGUCUGUGCUACACUGGAGAAAUCAAAUUUACCAAUUUGACUUGCACCUUCAUAGUUCAUAGCAAUGAACUGAUUCGUAGUGACUCGUUGUUUGGUAUCCCAAUGGCUUCCAUGUUUUAAGACAUUUAUGUUAUGAGGAAACCCCCUCCCCCCGCCUUUUUUUUAGCAGGCCUUCAUUACCUUACCUUUUUGUGUGUUUGUUUUUUGGCAUCUCACUCUUUCCAGAUGAGCAGGCUUGCUCCCACCGCUGGCCGCCUUUCUGCACUGUGCAAAGUGAAUGUUCCGUACUAUUGCGAUGUGUGUUCUGUCUAAUGUGUCUCAAGCCUCGUGGAAACGCCAUCAUCAGUCAGUGUUGUCUGAAGCAAGUGCGGAAUAUAGAAAUACACAGUAGCUAAAAUGAUCAGUCUUUUUUUUUUUAAAGACACUUUUUCCUACCGAGUGUCUGCUGCUGUUUGCUACGUCCGUCAUCCCUCACUUCACAGGUGCAUGUCUUCGUCCUAAGUCACCCAUCUCCUGCUCCUUGAUCUUGUUUUCGCAGUCAGGUGUAGUAAGAAACCUAUUCCUUGUCUUUUUCCUGGUGUGCUGCCCUAUUUAAUUAUGUGCGUGUGUUUGAAGGGGGUCUUAUCAAAUAUAUCACCACCAUUCUGAUUGAUUGAGAACAUCACAGGAAGCGAAGCCGGGUAUGCCACAAGGUCAAGUACAAAGACCAGCUUUGACUCUUGGUUUACAAGGAAAUCUUCAUGGCUAGGGGGCAGAUCUAAAGAACAGUAACAGGAUACAUAGGCAAACACCAGGACAACUAAUUCCUUUGCGUAGCUUGCGAUGAAGGACUUGAGACAUAGUGUGAAGGGUGGCGAUGACGCUGUUGGACAACCACACAGUGGGGGGGAGUUGCUCCCUCAGUCAUCAGUGCCUGGUAGAGAACAGGUCUGGUAGAGAACUGCUUUCAAUAUUCUGAGGGCCAGAAGUGGAUGGCAUCCCUAGCCCUAGAGGGUCAGUGCGAUGCCGUGCAGCCCUGAAAGAACUAGAUCUGGGCAGGAAGAGGCUGCCUCAAUAAAAUAAAAAAAUCAGAAGCCACUGUUGUCAUUUUAGAGGCUGAUUCAUUUACCUGCUGAUCCAGGUGAUGUUAUCGGCCACUUAGCUCCUUUGGACAUGGCUUCCAUUUCAACCCUUCCCCGAGUUGUCCCCUGCCCUCUGUGAAGAACUUGGGUCCCAGAUAAUCCGUUUCCAUAUUGAUAGGGAAGCACUGAGGUGGACACUCAGAGUGUGCCUGACGAAAUAGAAAAUAAAUAAAAGGAAAAUUGUAACCCUGCAAAACACUUGAUAUUUGCGACUUCUCAGACCAUCUUUGUGGGGCUGUCAGUAGCAUGAGCCAGGGAAAUCGCCCAUGCUGAAGAGAGUUGCCAUUGUAACCCCUUGAGAACGGGCUGCCACUCAGAGCCUUUCAACGAGAAUGUCUUUGUAGCACUGAUCUUUCAGGAAGAGCAGUGUAGAAAUCAAAUCCUGACCAGAUUUCUGCCCGCUGUGGAACUCAAGCCAACAGACAUCUUUCCAGUGAAUAAUCAUGUCUGAACAAAUGUUUCCCCAAGAACAUUUGGGAAUGGGUUGUUUUUUUUCCCCUCCUCCCCUUGUGCUUGCCCCAGAUGGACAAUCCAGGGAGGACUGUCUGAGGAAAGAGCCUGGGGUUAUUCUCCUGCCAAAGUACUCGUGUCCCUUCCCCUUCCUAUUUCGUGAGUGCUUGGAAUCAGUGGGGGGUGGAAGGGGAGGAAGAGCAGCAAUGUGUCACAAAUGCAGACCUGAGUGGGUGUGUAAGUCUAAUGAAAGUGGGUGUCCCCCACCCCCCGUUUGUUGGGUGUCAAUGGUACCAUGCUGUGAAGGAGGUGGACAGUCCAACUACAGGAAAAGUGUAGUCCCCGAGAGACAGGGACUGCUGCACUCUACAGUCUGCUUGUCCCCUCCCUCUGUCCUGUCUUGCCAAACUGCUUCAGAAUUGAAACCACUGCUUUGGGGAGGAACUCAUCCUUUUACAAGCGGCUUUUCAUUUUCUACUAUACCGGCAGAAAAUGCACUCUGUGGUUCCUGUAUGUGCCGGGAGGGGAGGAGGAUUACCAAUUGUGCGUAAAACCAGUACUUUUCAGCUUGCAAGUUGCUGAACACAAUGAUGCUGUUUUCAUUUUGUUUUAUUACAUCAAAGUUCACAAGAAAAUAAUGGUAGAUAGAACAACUUGUAGUUAAGGUUUAAAAAAAACUUGAAUGAAAUGGAUUUUACAGAAAGCUUUAUGAUAAUUUUUGAAUGCAUUAUUUAUUUUUUGUGCCAUGCAUUUUUUUCUCACCAAAUGCCCUUACCUGUAAUACAGUCUUGUUUGUCUGUUUACAACCAUGUAUUUAUUGUAAUGUACAUACUGUAAUGUUAAUUGUAAAUGAUCCGUUCUUAUUAAAACAUCAUCCCAGGAAGGGGAUGGUGUUGAUAUAUUUGGAAACUCUUGGUGAGAGAAUGAAUGGUGUGUAUACAUAUUCCUUGUACAUUUUAUUUUCUCUUGUAAUUUAGUCUUGUCACUUUAGAGAUUGUUUAUGGAAGAUUCAACAAAACUAUAAAAUACAUAAAGAUAUAUAAAUUAAUAGAAAAAAAAACCAUAGCUGCAGGUCUUUGGUCCCAGGGCUGUGCCUUAACUUUAACCAAUAUUUUCUUCUGUUUUGCUGCAUUUGAAAGUAAGGUAGUGGUGGGGCUAGGGCUGGGCACUUUACCACAGAACUGAAUUGAUAGGAUGAUUGGCAGUCAUUGGAGCUGACAAAACCACAGCCAACCUUUGGAUGCUUCUGAGACCCCCGGGUGAGGCAGGCCUGGCUGUUCAUCAGUGACUACUUCGGUUAGUCGGUCAGAGGGUUGUAUUUUACUUACAUUACUGGGAAGAUAGUCUUGUCCGUGUGUAUAGCAAGCCGCUGACUUCUAGGACACAGGGGAAUGAACUUGGUGUGGAGCUAGAACCAUAGGGCCCACCUUCGUUAGGUAUUUACUGCAUCACAUUAUAAGAAUAUAUAGUAAGAAGUAGGUGGAUUUUUUUCACCACAGACUUUUUGUAAACAUCAACCAAGCUGCUUAGAUGUAUACCAGUCGGUUUAAACACUUUUGGAGGAUGCCGGUCCACAUCGCACAAAGGGUUCCUUGCAUUCUCUACAACUUUGGCUUCAGUGAGUGCACAGGCAGCCCCUGGUUGCGAAUGAGAUCUGUCCCGGAAGUGGGUCUUUCCCGUGAGUUCAUAGGUAAGUCAGAAGAGGUGCAUAUGGAUUUUAGCUUUCAGUUUAGCAAGGGAUGGCUUGAUGCCUUGUCAGUGAUUUUAAAAAAUUGCACAUGUAGUGUGUGGCAGAGAUUGUGUUGAAACGUGAAAAGGAAUUGCGUCUGGCGUUUUACUGCGAGGGCGAGUUUACACACCAUGAGAGGGCAAAUUGCGAGUUGCCUCUCAAGUGGAUGUUUGUAACGGGAUGGCCUGUACUAUACGAUUUAAGGAUUUUUAAACUUACCCUUGCAUAAUGGCCAACUCCUGAGAGCUAAGGAAAAUCCCCAGUGGACCAUGUGGAAACCCACUUCCACGGCUGCCCAGCCCUUGGAACAUGUGACUUAUCCGUGAAAGGAGAGAUUCUUUUUCUAGGAAAAAUGAGCCUCCUGUUGUUUUAUUUAUUUUUUAUUUUUUGACACAAACUGUAGAUUUUAGCAGCCCUGGCCCAAAGGAAUUUGAUUACUUUUGUUUUAAACAGUAUAAAGGGGACACUAUAAUUACAAAAGUCAUCCUUACUGAUUUUGGCUUUAAAAAACUUUUUUUUUCUCCUUUGGAUAUGUUUUCUGAGUAGCAAUGUGUGUGAGCAUUACAAAUGAUGAUUCUCUUAGUGAUUUCUUAGCCUCUUCAGCCCAUGUGGAUAGUACUGUACAUCAAUACCUUCAUAUGAACUUUUUAUAUGCAGUGGAAAUAAAAGCAUGGGUUGAUUCUGCC